GUUCUUUGGACGCUCUUGGACGUUCUUGGAUGGUUGUUCAUUAGAAUUGAACCAACUGGGAUUAUGCCCAAAUCAUUAACAACAAAUAAUGUUAGAGUUACAAACUUAAAAGACACGGUAGCUGCUGCAUUAGCACACAAUGUGGAAUAUAGAGUCCAUGAGAUAAUACAGAUGACUUACAGGGAAGAUAUCAAUAAUGCUUUAUGUAUUCAUAACAUAGAU